AUGUCGCGAGCCGGACAGCCCGUCGAUGCCUCCUUGCUGGGACGUCCUCUGGAAUUCCCUUUCUCCAAGCGGACGGCCCCCAACCGGUUCCUCAAAGGCGCCAUGAGGGAAAUCGGCCUGAUUCUCACCGGCAACGUGAUGAUCCACCCGCAGCAACUCGAAACCGAAGGCAACCUGAUCAUUCCCGCGGACGCCCCGUUCCACGGGGAGCGAUUCGAGCAGUACCACAAGCUGGCCGCCGGCGCGACGGCGAAGGGGUCUCUGGUCGUGGCACAGGUGAGCCAUCCCGGUCGCCAGACCCCUUACCACCUGCAGCCCCACCCCAUCAGCUCCAGUGAGAUCCAGUUGGCGGGCGAGGUGCUUGGCAACACCUACGGGGUGCCCCGCGCCGCCACGAAGACGGACAUCCGCGAGGUGAUUGAGGGCUUCGUCCACGCGGCCGAAUUCCUGGACCAGGCCGGGUUUGAUGGGAUCCAGCUCCACGCAGCCCACGGCUACUUGCUGAGCCAAUUCCUCUCUGAGACGACCAACCGCCGGACGGACCGCUACGGAGGCAGCCUCGCCAACCGCAUGCGGCUGAUCCUGAGAUCCGCGAAGCCAUCGCCGCGCGCCGUGGAGUUCCAGCCGAACGGCUUCCAGCCCGCGGAGGCCCGCGAGCUGUGCCGGACCCUGGAGGAUCACCGCUUCGACUUCAUCGAGCUCUCCGGCGGCACGUACGAGAACUGGAAGAUGGACGAUGAGUCCAACAAGCGCGAUUCGACCAAGCGACGGGAGGCCUUCUUCCUCGAUUUCGCCCAGAUGAUUGCCUCCUCGUUGAGCAAGACCAAGGCGUAUUUGACUGGAGGCUUCCGGUCCGCCAAGGGGAUGCUCAAGGGUCUCGAGACGCUGGAUGGGCCCUUCCUCUGCCGCGAUAUCCUGGCGGGCAAGGUUUCCGGGGCCCUGGUGCCCCGCAUCAACCAGUAUGACUUCGGAUUGGCGGCCGUGGCGGCGUGCAUUCAGAUGUGCCAGAUGGGGACCGGACUGGCCCCGAUCGAUCUGAGUGAGCCCGCCGGCGCCGACGCGGUGACCGCCGCGGUGAGCCGCUGGGCGACGCGCAAGGCCACCGACCGAUCUGAGGAUGCCCUUCAUCCUACAGUCAUUGCUGACUAUGCGGUGCCUUUGACUGUCUGCGCUUAG